UCCACUGCCUCUUAAAAGUGAGCUCAUCUGGCACUGGGUUGCAUUGGAGUCCUCCACCGUGCCUGAAGGAAGAAUGCUUUUGGGUGGUGGGAAUGUGGAGAAGAUGUGGUCUGUCCAGCUGUUCCUUGGAGUGCUAACUAUCUUGACCAUGACUGUAUAUGUCCCAUCUACACAUGGAGAGCCUUUUUUACUACAAGAGAACCGAGUGCUUCCCGAGAGAGAAGACACAAAUCACGAGGACACACUGCUGACUCUGCUUCUUAAUAAGAAACUCGCAUGGCGGAGACCGGAAAAUAUUGACUGGGAGCUGGCAAAGAAAUUUGAAGAGCUUGAACAGCUGGAGAAGUUGAAGGAUCAGCUCUCAACUGAGGAAGGGUCAGAGGUGGCCUAUGCCUUGGAAAGUCUCUCAGCAUCCCAGCCCAAAAAACGCGCCUGCUUUUGGAAAUACUGCAUCUGAAGGCUUGCCAGGACGGGAGGAUGAAGAUGAGCCCUUCCCCAAACUGCCCUGCUGGGUAUUAAUGUGUUAAGAGUUUGUUCUGUUCUCUCAUCAUGCUGCUAACUCGGAUGCCAUGACCACACCACAGCCAAGUCUAACAGGGACUGUGACAGGGGCUGGUAGCCCACUGCCACUCUUCACUGUUCCUUCCUUCCAGGUUUAACCUACCACGAUCCGCU